GCGAAGGCAGCAGAAUCCCUGCAGCCUGGGGCCUGCAGCCAAAGCGUUGGCUUUGUCCAUCACUUGUGUGGAGCUGGAGCUGCUCUGAACCCCCAGACGGCUGCAGGGGCUGAUCCUAUCUCAAACAUGAGCACCAUCAGUCUGGAUCUCUAGGGGAGUCAUUGAGGCAAAAUCCUUGCGGCACCGUUAAGAGCUGCAGUGAUAAAUGAGCCCGAAUUCUGGAUGAGAGCUGGUUUUCUUCAGGAGUCUCAUUUUUCUCCUUAUUUUGCUGCAGAUGUUGAACAUCGCCCAAGAGGGCCCUGGUGACAUCACAUCCUCCCCAAAGAGCAGCACAGCCUACCCAAGUCAAGCAAGCAAGAUCAGCUCUGCUCCGCUCCACCAAGGAGAUGACUGGGGCUCCUGCAUUGCUCCUGCUGCUCACACUGGGGCUCUGCUGCCCUGGGAUCCGUGGCCAGAGGGAUACGAUGAAGAUCCACAGCAUCAGGCAGCCCCGGGUGGGACAGCAGCUGGUGCUGCAGUGUGAGAGCAGCAACAUGGACAGUGGCGUAUUCUGGGUCCAGCAGGACAAGGCUGGGACCCUUCGCUUCAUUGGCUUCACCUCUUCCCUUUCCCGGACCACCUUUGGGGGGAAUAGUAUGAGGACAUCCGAACGCUUUGAGGCGUGGAAAGACAGCAGGUUCUACCGGUUGGUAGUGAAGUCUUUCACGCCACAGGACGAGGGGAACUAUUUCUGCCUCAUGAACACCAACCAAGCCCUUUACUUCAGCCCUGGCCAGCCUGUCUUCCUCCCAGUCACCACCACAGUGGCACCCAAAACCACCCCAGCACCCACCACCCCAGCACCCAACAUCACCGAAAGGGACCCCUGCCUGAAGACCCCGGAUUCAGAGACCAGCGAGGAGAAAGGGCUGGAUUUGCUAUGUGACAUCUUCAUCUGGGUUCCCUUGACAGUCGCCUGCUUCCUGCUCCUGCUCGCCCUGGCAGUCACCAUCAUCCUGUGCCAACGGACCAAGAGACGAAGAUGCAGAUGUAAAAGACCUGCAAAUGGGAAGCCCAAUGUGAAACGUGGCACACCAGGACCACAUGCAUGAGCAUCUGCACCAUCUCCUGGAGCUGGCACCGCACAGGCCCAUCACCUGCGUUAUCCGCAAUGCUACUCCUCAUGCACUCUAUCCUAAGUUGAAGAGAAGAUGGAGCAGAGACACACGGGCAGCAGGCGGGCACUGCUGUGAACUGCACACUAAAGCACAGCUCCUUCCACAACAUGAGGCUGUCAAAUUAGCUCCCAAAGCUAAACACCCUCUCUAUUCCCAGCGAUGGAGCUCUGUGGCUCAGGCAAAAGGAACAGGUCAGUCCUGAUGCUGCUGUGCAUCAGUGAGAACCUGAUGAGAAAGAGGGAUAUUUGCUGGACCUUUGUUUGAAGGGGGUGUGAUAUUACUUUCCAAAUUGAAUUUGCUACAAAAUGAGGU